GUGUGUGUGAGAAGGAGAGGACGGAACAGACGAAAGAGACCUGCGCGCACACACACGGACACUCUCACGCCCACACACAAGCACUCUCGCUCUCCUCCUCUCUCUUUUCGCGGAGCCGGGGGAGAAACCGGGAAAGGGAAGAAUGAGGAAGAGGUCCGCUGCGCCGCGCGCCUCCUCUCAGCGAAUGCGGGUUUGCUGAUGAAGCGCCGCUCCGGUCAUCCGAUCAUACAGGUCACUCAGGUCGCGCUGCAUGGAAACGAGGAGUAGGCAAGAAGAGCAAAAGAUAAGGGCAGCAAAUAAGGGGUGGGGGGAAAAGAAACCCCAGUGUGCAUGGGAAUUCGGACUACUCUUCCCUCCCUUUGUGCGUCUCGGUGGUUGGAUACGCUGUCUUGACUAGCGUAUAAGAGCUGCCUGCGUCUCCAUUACCAUUCCCCACUACGGGCUUUACCUCCGCCACCACUCCUCCUCCACCUCCUCCUGCUUUUACUCCUUCGACUUGCUCGCAUCGCAGAAGAGCCGUUUUACUACUUGACUGCGCACCGUCAACUCCGGAUUGAGAAGGUUCAACAUUCCCAUUAACCUUCAACCCCUGGUCCGGGUCUCGCCAUCAACAUGGGCUUCAGGUGUCACUCCUCUGCCCUGUCUCCUGUGCUGAGACUAGUGAUCAUUACUGUGAUCCUCCUCCUCAAACCCCAGAGCGCGCUGGCCGGUACCGCUCCCGAGCACAGCCUGGGCAGCUCCGUUUCGGCGGUGUCUACAAACAAAACUGAAUGCAGCAAGGCCGAACAGUGCACAAACGGGGUCAUGCUGCCCGUCUGGGAGCCCCGAAACCCGUCCUUUGGAGAUAAGGUCGCCAGGGCGACGGUUUACUUUGUGGCUCUGGUCUACAUGUUCCUCGGCGUGUCGAUCAUCGCGGACCGCUUCAUGGCAUCGAUAGAGGUCAUUACGUCACAGGAAAAAGAGAUCACCAUCAAGAAGCCCAACGGAGAAACCACCACGACGACGGUCCGGAUCUGGAACGAGACGGUCUCCAACCUCACCCUCAUGGCGCUGGGGUCGUCUGCUCCAGAGAUCCUGCUCUCCGUCAUAGAAAUAAUAGGUCACGGGUUUGAGGCCGGCACACUGGGCCCCUCCACUAUUGUGGGUUCGGCGGCGUUCAACAUGUUUGUCAUCAUCGGGCUGUGCGUGUACGUUGUGCCCGACGGCGAGACGAGGAAGGUCAAGCACCUCCGAGUCUUCUUCGUCACGGCAACCUGGAGUAUCUUCGCCUACAUUUGGCUCUACCUGAUCCUGUCGGUGAUCUCCCCCGGCGUCGUGCAGGUCUGGGAAGGCCUGCUCACUUUCCUCUUCUUCCCCAUCUGCGUGGUGUUUGCCUGGGUGGCAGACCGCCGCCUGCUGUUCUACAAAUACGUGUAUAAGCGCUACCGCACCGGCAAGCAGCGUGGCAUGAUCAUCGAGACCGAGGGGGAUCGUCCGCUUCCAUCCAAGGUGGACAUUGAGAUGGAUGGAAAGAUGCUGAAUUCUCAUGGUGUUGACUUCCUGGAUGGUCCACUGGGUUUGGACAUAGAUGAGAAGGAUCUGGACGAGGAGGAGACCCGCAGAGACAUGGCCAAGAUCCUGAAGGAGCUCAAACAGAAACACCCCGACAAGGAGGUGGAACAACUCAUUGAACUUGCCAACUACCAAGUGCUGAGCCAGCAGCAGAAAAGUCGAGCUUUCUAUCGGUGCCAGGCCACCCGACUCAUGACGGGCGCCGGCAAUAUUCUGAAGAAACACGCUGCGGACCAGGCCCGAAAGGCAGUCAGCAUGCACGAGGUCCGCUCGGACGCCGGCGACAACGACCCCGUCUCCAAGAUCUUCUUUGAGCCGGCCUCCUACCAGUGUCUCGAGAACUGCGGCACGGUGGCUGUGAACGUGGUGCGGCGAGGCGGCGACCUGGGCAAGACCGUUUCUGUGGAGUACCGGACGGAAGACGGCACGGCCAACGCCGGCUCCGACUACGAGUUCACGGAGGGUGUGGUCGUGUUCAAGCCGGGCGAGACCGUGAAGGAAAUCCGCGUGGGCAUCAUCGACGACGACAUCUUCGAGGAGGACGAAAACUUCCUCAUCCACCUCUCCAACGUCAAGGUGCUGACCUCCGAAGGCGAGGAGCCGGAGGAGAACGAGUCGGCCAAUCACGUGGACUCCGUGGCCUGCGUCGGCAUACCGUCGACGGCCACCGUCACGAUAUUCGACGACGACCACGCUGGUAUCUUUACGUUCGAGGAACCCGUUUGCCACGUCAGUGAGAGCGUUGGCACGAUGGAGGUGAAGGUGCUGAGGACGUCCGGAGCUCGCGGUGUGGUCAUGCUGCCCUACAAGACUGUGGAAGGGACCGCAAGGGGCAACGGGGAGGACUUCGAAGACUCGCACGGCGUCCUUGAAUUUCAAAACGACGAAAUCUUUAAAACCAUCAAGGUGAAAAUAAUUGAUGACGAGGAGUAUGAGAAGAACAAAGCCUUCUACAUCGAGAUCGGAGAGCCUCGCCUGGUGGAGAGCAGCGACGCCAAAGGUCAAGAAGAGGAGGAAAAGCCAAAGGCAGAGGGGGAGGAAGAGGAGCCCCUGACAGGGAAGGAUGAAGAGGAGCGACGUAUAGCAGAAAUGGGCCGCCCCAUGCUGGGAGACCACGUCAAACUGGAGGUCAUCAUUGAGGAGUCGUACGAGUUUAAGAACACGGUGGACAAGCUGAUAAAGAAGACCAACCUGGCUCUGCUGGUGGGAACCAACAGCUGGAGAGACCAGUUCAUCGAAGCCAUCACUGUCAGCGCAGGUGAGGAUGAUGACGACGAGGAGUGCGGCGAGGAGAAACUGCCGUCGUGCUUUGACUACGUCAUGCACUUCCUCACCGUCUUCUGGAAGGUUCUGUUCGCCUUCGUUCCGCCCACCGACUACUGGAGCGGCUGGGCCUGCUUCGUCGUGUCCAUCUGUAUGAUCGGACUGCUCACUGCUGUCAUCGGGGAUCUGGCUUCUCACUUUGGCUGCACCGUGGGCCUCAAAGACUCCGUCACAGCAGUCGUAUUUGUGGCACUGGGGACGUCUGUGCCAGAUACAUUUGCCAGUAAAGUUGCAGCCAUACAAGAUCAGUAUGCAGACGCCUCCAUUGGCAACGUGACAGGCUCCAAUGCUGUCAAUGUGUUCCUGGGCAUCGGGGUGGCGUGGUCCAUUGCUGCCAUCUACCACAACAGCAAGGGCCACGAGUUUAAGGUCGACCCCGGCACUCUGGCUUUCUCCGUCACACUCUUCACCAUAUUUGCCUUCAUCUGUGUCGCCACCCUGAUGUACCGGCGGCGGCCUGAGAUCGGCGGGGAGCUUGGUGGGCCCCGGACUGCGAAGGCCCUGACCACCAUGCUGUUCUUCAGCCUGUGGCUUCUCUACAUCCUCUUCUCCUCACUGGAGGCCUAUUGCCACAUCCAAGGCUUUUAAGAGAGCGAGCGGAAGAUCCCGAAGAGAAGGGUGGGACAGAAGAACCGGAAGGAUAGAAGAAAGGGAAAAUAAAAGAAUGGAUUCUUGGAUAUUUAAGGUUGUCGUUUUGAUCUAAUACUCCCUCCCUCUGUGCAAUAUGUUAAAUGACAAAUGAAUGGAUGUAUGUACAGGUGAAGGACUUUCAGACGCACUCAAGAAUCUAAAAAUGCGGUGAAAGGAAGCAAAGACGCACGGAAGAACAUCAUACUUGAGAAUCAAAGCCACUACAGAAAUUAUUCAACUGAUGGCAAAAAGGAAUACAAAAAAAAAAACAACAUUUCUCCCCUUACUCCACAAAUCCUCACGCAUCAAGCUAUCUUGAGCAAAUUCAUGUUUAAACGCAUAAGACAAACUUACUGACAUGCACGGAUGUGAUAAAUGUCUUUUCUUCCAAAUGAAUCCGACAUAAUCCAAAUAUCCAGCCCGAUCAUCAGUGCUCCAAGUGUGACGAUGUGGCCUAAACAGGAGACCUCCUCAAGUUGGAGCACUGAUUCUCUUGUGUCCAGCUCCAAAAAAGUGUCGGUGCGAGCGUAACACACAGUAAGAGCAAACCAGAUUCUCGGCCACAUCCAAUUAUCGACAACCAUCUGUGUGUCUGCAGGGUGUGUUGAUGUGCUUAGGCGCGGUAGGACGAUGGUAAACUACUGUGAAAAAAAAAAAGCCUCUUGUUUCUGCUGUUGCUGCGCAAGACAAAAAAUGCUAUUGUUCUUGAGGUCUUCUUGACUCUCACGGCUUGUAGAAAAUGCUGAAUUGGGAAUUUCUGUUCUGGGAGGGGCCGUUCCGUGUGGCGUAACUUUGAUCAUCGUCGGGGUGGCACGUGUAAAUACUCUGAGGCGGACGCACGUUUCAAUUCGAUUGAUUUCGUUCUGAAUGUCUUGGUCAAUGCUGCACGCCUCACCCCCUCAAUCCCCUCGAAGGGCCCUUCGUUCUUGUUGCUUUAUAGUGUAGAUGUAAAUGAUUUAAGGUCCUUUGUCAAUCAAAGUUGGUGGUGGGGGUUAAUGUGCUUUUACCUUUAAUAAGGCCAUGUCUGAGAAGACGCACUGGCCACUCUACCGUUAAAAACUGUUAGAGAAACCAUAGUCGUCGCAUUAAUAUCAAAGUUAAUCUUCUUUAUUUGUUUUAUUUUGUUUUACCACAGUUGAGAUUUCCACAACCCAUAUUUCAGUGAAAUCAUUGAAAAUCACACAUGCAAAUAUCUGCAAAACCUGAUGGACUUUCUGUCAAAUCUGUCCGACACGGCUUGACUCUCUAAACAAGUUUGGACAACAUCCCGUCUCCUAAGCAACCCGGUGCCGGUUGUCCGGUGAACUAUUUGAAUACUUCUAAUAUCAAGGGCUUUGUUACAACAAAAUACGAAUUCCUGAUUCUGGCUUUUGGUUUCUUAGAACAGAUGUACUUUGGUCAAUGGUGAGGCCAAUGUAACACGUGAUGAUGACCUUUCUUGACUCUUACUUGAUAGAAUUUUGCUUCAUAGGAGAAAGUAUCGAGUCUGGUACUAAGAAGUGCUUGAUUAUUGUCUCGAUGUGCUCAGAUAAAAAUCACAUCCCUAGUUGAGUCCUAUCCCAUUUCGACUAACACUUAGUCUUUCUUUAAGCUACAUCAACUCAUAACACGGCGUAGCUCCCUUCAGACUGAAUCACAAUGGGGUUUAGCUACAAGGCAGUUGCCAUUUUUUUUCUUAAGUGUCUAUUUUUUAAGACCAAAUAUUUAGUCCAAACAUAAAAGUCAGUUGAUAGAAGAAAAAAAAGGCUAAUGCACAAUUUUAAUAACCAGGUUGUUGCCUUGCAAAGGUGAUGAUGCGCCUAAAUGAUUUCAGCACGUUGUGUUUAUAUAUUCAGACUGUUGAACAUAAGACCUUUAUGUCUCUGAAUCACUGGUAAAAUUCUAAAAAAAAAAGGGAAAAAAAAGGCCAGUUUUAAUCAUGUAGGACCCAAAUGGUUGUCCUAUAAAUUCCGUGUUACUACUUUGGCUAAAUUUAAACCUUGGCACACUUCUGUGGAAGCUUAAGAGAAGAAUUUCAUUGUCUGAUUGCAGAGAGGCAGUGGUCCAAAUGGCAAAAAAAAAAUUAUAGUUAAAACAUCAGCUUUACUGUCCGUUCAUUCUACCUACCAGACUUUUGCAAAACCAAUCAAAACUCAUCCCAAACCGCACAUUAAAACGAUGAACAUACCCUCCGAGAUGUUGGUGUUAAACUUUACAUCAAUGGGGGAACAAAAGGAGCCCAAAAUAUUAAUAAGCCUAAUUUGACUGUGAGAAGUUUAGACUUCAGACUGUUAUUUUAUUUAUUCAGCUACAACCAUAAGUAUCUCAGCGUACACACACUUGUACUAUAGCACUACUGUAUGCAACUUAAUUGGCAAGUAUUUCCCAUGUGAGAUGUUUUUUUUUUUUGUUUUUUUUUUACUUGAUGUACAAUAAACAGUAUUUUAAACUAUAUCUGUAAAAUAAAUUAGUCUGGACUAGAUGUAAACCGUUGUAAACUUAGCAGUAAUUUUGUCGAAGACCGUUGUCGAUGCCAGUGAGAGUCGAGCCAGAGGCCUUCAUUGGUCGUAAAUCCAGAGAAUUUUGAAGGACAUUGUAAAUGUUCUAAGUUUUGUAAAACAACUGAGUAGAGUUGUAGACAAUUAGCUGAUAGUAGAGGACUUUUGAUCGGAUACAGAUCCAACAACCUGGCUCAGACAGCCACUUGUGUUGCUAAUGAAACAAAAUGGCGGAGAAACAAAAAACAACCCAACUCUGGAAUAUGAAAAGCUCUGUAUUAGACAGCAGUUGUCGUAUGAAGCCUUUGGAGUGGCAGUUUACCCCUAUUUUGCCAAAGGGACAUCUUUCUAUCAGAAAUAUUUGUAACCCAUCCAGUAAAUGGUUUUCUAAUCAACAUCUCUUUCCAAAAACACCAAAUAUACUAUCACAUUUCUUUAAGGAGCUACGGGAAAUGGCUGUUGUUUAAACCUUUCUAGGUCGAUUUUUAUGUAUUUGUCUCUUCACUGGCAUGGAGCUGAAGGUUUAUACACUGUAAACAACUUAAAAUGAAGUUAUGCUCGCACGUGCAAAAAAAAAAAAAAAAACAACGUAAGAAGCUGCAUUAACUUUAAAUGACUUCAAGACAUGAAUUUUCUUAGUCGUUGCAGAAAGUCUACAGGAAUGAAGCACUUGCAGCAAUGCAGUUUGUUUUUGCAUUCAGACCAUCUGUUGCACAAUUUUACCAGAAGCAAACGUUUUUCUUUCGCUAAACGGCGAGCGUUCUCUCUUGCAACACCAGCAUUGUUGCACACAGUUUCUUAUACGCCUACCUUGACUAGCGGCCUUGGCUAACGUGCAGCUAAUGGGAGAGGCUCACACCAUCAGAGCCAAGGUGGGGAAGCUAAUUUACUGGCUAGCAAAUGUUUAGCGGCAACCAGCAAAUCUGCUAGCUAUGACUGUAAAUACUAAAUGGGCAGUUUUUUUUCUUUUAAUUCAUUAGCCUAUAUUCUUAUUAAAUAAUUGCAAUAGCUCUCGAGUUAGCUUCGUGGCUUGGGCCUGCGAGUAACAAGUCUAGGACACAAAACAAAAGCAAUGAUGGAUUAAACAAAUGAGCUGUAGACUACAGUCAUUUUGGGGCUUUUUUUUUUGCUGUUCAAUAGUAAGAUUUUAAUAUGAAGGAAAAACCUUGCACUGCUUCAUGUUGCCAAGUGAAACGGCUACAGAGCCGUUUUGCUAGCAGAGUUGCUUUUGCUGUAAACAGGUUUGUUGUUUUGUUUUUGUUUUUUUUUUGUUCUGACUGAUUUACACAGUAAUUACAAUGUUCUUGUAAAAAAAGAUAAUAAUAAUAAUCCAGUGGUGUUGAAUCAGUUGUUAACCAUUAAUAAUGUUGCUACUAAUGUAAAAGUUGAUAUGUCUCUGUUGCCUAAUUUACUCCUUGACUUGACCGACUGUCUGACAGACUGAGAAAUAAAUACAUGCAACACUGGACAGUCAAAUGAAGGACGGAAGGACGGACGCCCCCUCUGGUACGAGAUGAGCAAAGAAAUGUACUGCUGGGAUUUAAAAGAAAAAAAAAAAUUAAUGAAAAGAAAGUUACCAAGAGUUAUUCUCUACCUUUAAGGUAACGUUUAACAAAUAAAGAGACGACAGAACGAAAAAAAAAAACCUGUGGAGGACGAAGAUGAAAAUAAAUAAAUAAUGAAGUUACAGCCAUACAUUGAUUUCUGGGCCAGUGAGACAAUGGACUCCUUCUGCCCAGCAUGUGUAUUGUUAUGAAGUCUUAUCUGUCCUCGCGUGUUUUCAUUCCCCUCCUUUUUCUUUCUUUCUAAAUGUUCUGCCAAAAGUAACCAAAAACAGGCAGUAAUCUUUGUUCAGUUUCCUCCCCCGAAAAGCCACCGUUUCACCCCCCCUCCGUCUCCCAAGUUUUCCAUGUUUUGGAAUGUCGAUGUGCUACUUGUUGACACUGUGCAUGAAUGAUGACAUGCCUGUACAUAGUUAUAGAGAAUCGUAUCCCAUUCCUAUGGUGUUUUUGACGGGAAGAAGUCUGAAUGUUGUACAGAUUUGGAUCUUUCCGUUGACCUUCUUCUUGGUUACGCUUUGGUGUAGAGCUAAUCUUUUAUUUUAUUAUGUUUUUUUGUUGAUUCAAUCAAAGCUGCAGAGUCUCUGAAUGAAUUGCACAUUAUCAUUAACCGAGAUUUAUGUUGAAAGAAAAUAGAAAAGGCAAUAUCUGCUGUUAUUGAAUGAGAGAGGAGAUAGCGGAGUUAUAUAUCUUAAAUCUAUAUGACGGUUGCAUGGGUUAUUUGUAAAAAAUAAUUUAAAAAAUCUUUAAAAAAAAAAAAAAGCAGAAAAUGGGGGGUAAAGGGAGAAGAAAUACUUGGCUUGCUACUUUUAAUACCAUGGCUGUAUUCUGACAAAUGAAGAAUACUGUAUGUACAUCUAAAUGUUAUUUUGUCUUUAAAGAAAUCAUAUUGUGUAUAUACUGUACAGUGUUAUCAGUGGGAUGACCUAUAUGGCCAUACGCUAACCAUAGAGAAUUAAUUCAACAUAUUUAUUUAAAAGGAAGAACACUCGCUACACUCAAGAAUGACAUAUAUUGCCUUUUUGGAGAAGUUAAAAACUUGUCUUUCUCUCUGCCUUGUCUCUCCUUUCCAUAAAUUCAGAUUUUUCUUUCCUAGAUGGCUUUGUUUUCCUUAACUCUACUGUCUAGUUUCCUGCGCCCUUUAUUUUCCAGUUGGGUUUUUUUAAAGUCGAGCGGUUGCCGUCGACUUCAGGCCGCGACGCGUUUUCUGUCAAUCUUUUUAGCCGUUUCUGUCUUGUACCUCUUUAUCGAGUUACGCACAACAUGUCUGCGUGUGUCCUCAAUGGUCUUUGUGUCUCAAAGAAUCGCUCAUCUGUAUUUAAGUCCCCCAUCUGUCUUAUUUUGAACCAUCUGUUAGAUUUCUUGGUUACUAAAGCCCUUUGCGUUCACAUUUCAUUUUUAAUCCCUCAAAUCGCAUCUUUCUUUAAUACACUCUGCCUGUCCUUCUCCCACGGUGUAGUCGGAGAACUUCACUUUUGCUGAUUUGGUGUGUGUGUGUUUGUGGGUUUUUUUUUUCUUUUCUUUUCUUUUUGGGAAAAUGGAACAAUAACACAAGUUAGGUUUGCAAUAAUCUUUUUUUUUUCUUGUUUGUUUUAUAAUUCCUAUAUGCCUCGUUUCUUUGUCGGCAUGUACGUGUGUUUUUAAUUUUUGUUUAACACCAGUGGGUUAGGCAGAAAGUUGUUCUGUAUGUGUGUCGCCACUAACUGUGACUGCUCUCCAUGGUACUUCUGAUAAGUCCACUAAAAUAAAGUUUGGGAUAUCCAGUUUCAAAGACA